CUUUAUGGAACCAAACGUUGGGCCACUGUGCUGUUGUUGGGAAUGGAGGCAUUUUUAAAUAAUAGCAGAUGUGGACAGCAGAUUGACAAAGUGGACUUUGUUAUCAGGCUUAACUUGCCUCCACUAAACAACGAAAAUGAUGUGGGCAAGAAGACAAGUCUAGUGACAGCGAAUCCCACCAUCUUGAGAAGAUUCAGCUUCCUAAGCUACACUCGGAAAUCUUUUGCUAAGAUGAUGGAGGUGUAUGGCCAGGCUGUGGUGCUCAUGCCAGCGUUCAGUUAUGUCUCAUGUACAGAGCCUUCUUUCAGAGCCUACUUCACCCUGAAGGACUUUAAUUUGCAAAAUGUCACUUUCUUUCAUCCUGAAUAUCUACUGCGACUGAAUAAUUUGAAAAGUAAAGGAUUGCUUGCCCAGCGGCUCUCAUCUGGAAUGAUGUUGGUCAGCAUAGCCCUAGAGCUUUGCUCCAAAGUCACCCUUUAUGGUUUCUGGCCCUUCUCUUCAAGCCUGAAUGGAAAGCCCAUUCUUCACCAUUACUACGAUAACGUAGGACCGAAGCAAGGAGUGCACAAGAUGUCAGAGGAAUUCCUAUUAUACAUGCAGAUGCAUAGCAAAGGACUUCUUCAACUCAAAAUUGGAAUGUGUUCAUAAUGAUGGUUUAGAACUCAAUAUUAUUUAUUGUUUUUUAUUCAUUAUAAUACAGUAUGAUUAAAGGUC